CCGGAGCUACAAAGAAGGGGAGAGGGAGGGAGGGAGGAGCGGCGACGGCGGCGCCGGGGGCCUCUCCGCACCCUCCCCCUGGGCAGGAGCCCCCUCGAAGCGGCCUCGGCCCCCGACGCGGGGCCGCCCCUCGGCGCCCGCGCACGCCCGCCCGCCCGGAAUGAUGAAGAAGAACAAUUCCACCAAGCGGGGGCCUCAGGAUGGAAAUCAUCAGUCUUCACCACCUGAGAAGGUCGGCUGGGUCCGGAAAUUCUGCGGGAAAGGGAUUUUCAGGGAGAUUUGGAAAAACCGCUACGUGGUGCUGAAAGGGGACCAGCUCUACAUUUCCGAAAAAGAGGUAAAAGAUGAGAAAAAUGUUCAAGAGGUGUUUGACCUGAGUGACUAUGAGAAGUGUGAAGAGCUCCGGAAAUCCAAGAGCAGGAGCAAGAAGAACCAUAGCAAGUUCACUAUUGCCCACUCCAAACAGCCUGGGAACACGGCACCCAACUUGAUCUUCCUGGCAGUGAGUCCAGAAGAGAAGGAAUCAUGGAUCAACGCCCUCAACUCCGCCAUCACCCGAGCCAAGAACCGCAUCUUGGAUGAGGUCACCGUUGAGGAGGACAGCUAUCUCGCACACCCAACUCGAGACAGGGCAAAAAUCCAGCACUCCCGCCGCCCCCCAACUCGGGGACACCUAAUGGCUGUGGCUUCAACCUCUACCUCGGAUGGCAUGCUGACCCUGGACCUGAUCCAGGAGGAAGACCCUUCCCCUGAGGAACCAACCUCCUGUGCUGAGAGCUUUCGGGUCGACCUGGACAAGUCUGUGGCCCAGCUGGCAGGCAGCCGGCGGAGAGCAGACUCAGACCGCAUCCAGCCCUCCUCGGACCGGGCAAGCGGCCUUCCCCGACUUUGGGAAAAGCCAGACAGAGGGGCCACGUACACCCCCCAGGCACCCAAGAAGUUGAGCCCCGCAGAAAAAGGCCGCUGUGCCUCCCUGGAGGAGAUCCUGUCUCAGCGGGACACUGCUGCAGCCCGCAUCCUCCAACUGCAGGCCCAGGAUCCCCAGACCCCCAUCCCACCCCACCCGGGGCAGCUGUCCCGGAUCCAGGACCUGGUAGCAAGGAAACUGGAGAAGACUCAGGAGCUGCUGGCAGAGGUUCAGGGACUGGGAGACGGGAAGCGAAAGGCCAAGGACCCCCCUCGGUCUCCUCCCGAUUCUGAGUCAGAACAGCUGCUGCUGGAGACAGAGAGGCUGCUGGGAGAGGCGUCAUCGAAUUGGAGCCAGGCGAAGAGGGUGCUGCAAGAAGUCAGGGAGCUGAGGGACCUGUACAGACAGAUGGACCUGCAGACCCCCGACUCCCACCUCAGACAGCCCAGCCAGUAUAGCCAGUACCGGAAGAGCCUGAUGUAGAGGAAGGUGACAGAGUCUGGAACGUGUGGGGGUGGACAGACUUUAUCUCCAAGUGUUGCAGGAUACAGCUUUUUUAUUUACCUCAGUCAAAAAAGAAAACAAAAACACGAUC